AUGGCCCGCGAACACAUCGCCCACGUAGAAGACUAUGAUGAGGAGGCUGGUGCUGUCGUCCAGGGCAGCGGACAAUACGCCCGCUCCAUCGCCCCAGGAAGCCCGGGCAAGACGAAGGCCAACAGCAAGUCCCGCAGAGAAAAGACCACGAAGAGGCCUUCCGCCUCCCCACCACACGCCCUGACCGACUCGGACGACACCAUCCACCCCGUCGUGUCAGACAAGAGAGACAGGGACAGGGACAGGGACAGGGACAGGGAAAGGGAAAGGGAAAAGGAAAGGGAAAGACGCGCCGAGGAGAGGGACGCCGCUGCCGCCGCCGCAGCAGAUAAGGAGGCCCGUCGAGAGGAGAAGCGCCGUCAGCAGAAGAAAGAGCAAGAGAGGGCUGCGCGCCACGCCGAUCGCGAACGUAGCGAACGGGAGCGUGAGCAGCGUGACCGAGCCGCCUCCAAAAAGACUCCGGUGCGCCCGUCGGCGAGGCCCGGCAAGACGGCGCCUGUCGUCCAUACCCAACAGGCGGACCAGUAUAGAAGGCCACGAUUCGAAGAUGACGCCUCGCAGUACGGCAUUCAACCGGCCCAGGGCCCGCGCCCUAGGGCCAUGUCGAACCGCCCAAGCAGCUACUACGGCCCAGGCUCCCGACCUCCAACCUCCAACAAGCAAUGGCACGCCGCUCAGGCUAUCUCGCCGCCUUUCGUCCUGGCACCCAACUCCUCGCCCUUCGCGCCCUCUCUUCACGCCCCCCCUCAUGCUUCUCAGCAUGCUUCGUCGCCUUUCGCCCCGGCUCCGAUGCCGCUUCCUAUGGCCGGGCAAUCGCCUUUCGCGCCCGACAUGCCGUAUGCCCCGCCAGCCUGGGGUCCAGGGGCUCCGUACCCGAUGCAGCCACCGCCUCCGCUAACACCGACUGACUACUUCCCACCGACCACCCCCAUGGCCAGCAGUCCCCAGCAUUCCAACCUGGCUCGGCGCUUCCAGCAGAGGCCUUCGUCCGCCAUGGGACACCGAACCAUGUCUUCGUCGUCUCUUGACUACGAUGACUAUGGGCCGACUUACGAGCAAGAGAACAUAGUCAUGCCUCAGUCGCUGAAGUUCCGAGACGUGGAGGAUCGCAAAUUGAUGCCGCCGCCUCCACAGCGCUCGAGGACUACGGUACCGCCGCGGCAGGCACUUCGUCCGCCGCCUCCCCAGCGGCAAAUUGCGUCUCGUGACUACGAGUCCGACGACUACGAUGGUGGCGAGUCCAUGUACCAGGAGAUUGUCCCCCAAGGAUACGAAUAUGACGACGGCGUGGUCUCUCGACCUCGUUCGCAUCGUCGGGGCUCCAGCACCUAUAGUCGCGAUGGCUAUCAGAUCGAGCCCGCUCCUGCCCCGCACAGUAGCCGACGGCAUUCGUACAUGGCCGGAGGCGAGAGCGGCAGCUUCUCGCAAUCCAAGUACGAUUCUGCUACGGCCGCCGCUCUCGCCUACCAGAACGGCGUGAGCGGCGCUGCGGUGCCUCUGACCGCUGCUGCUCUGUCCAAAGCUGAGAAGAAGAGCAAGAGUAGCAGGUCCAGUGGGAGCAGCGGGAGCCGUGAUGAGAGCGACUACCGGCGCAGCGCCACCACGCGAACCACCCGGUCAUCCACCGGCGACGGCGAGGACAUCACCAUCAAAGUCACCGGCCACGCCGUCCUCAGGGUCGGAAAUGCUGAAAUACAGUGUCAGGAUGGUGGCGAAAUCAACAUUAGCCAAUCAGGACGCCUCGGUGGGAGUGACAGGGCUAGCACCAUCUACUCUGACGACCGUCGGAGCCGCAUGGAGCGACUACCAAUCCGUGCCCGAUCACCGAGCCAGUCCGAUUCUUACAGUCGCAGCCAUGUCGACGGCUACGAAUACCCGAGAAUUCCGUUCACCUAA